AUCAACCAGCUUCACACACAUCGCUUGCCAAGCUAGCUGCGCGCGCCGCUGUCUCCUUCUCCAUCGGGCAGAGGGAGCGAGGGAGGAGCGGCGGCGAUGUGGGCGCCGGGCUCGCCGGGGAGGCUGCCGGCGAUGGAGGAGUGCGGCGAGGACGGGGAGGAGGACGCGGACCCGUACGGCCACCGGGCGCGCGGGGCCAUGGCCUCCUGCUGGGGCCGUUUCGGCGUCGCCGCGCUGUGGCGCAGGCUGCGGCAGCACAUCAGCGUGGCGCGGCGCAGGCGGCGGCUCGGCCGCUCCAUCCUCGGCGCCGGCGGCCUCAACUAUGAUCCGCUCAGCUACGCGCAGAACUUCGACGACGGCUGCCUCGAGGAGCGGGAGCCGGACUUCAGCGCCAGGUUCGCGCCCCCGCGGCACGCCGCCGCCGCCGGCCUGCCGAGGCCGACCGUAGGCGCGGGCCGGGACGUCGCCGCCGCUUGACGCGCCCGAACGAGUUCGUUCUUGUUUACCGCUGCUCGUGCGCCCUGGCAGAGUGGCAAACUGGUAACUGCUCCUCCACGCCGCGUCUUCAGUUGAAUGUAGAUACAUGAUACAUGUCGCAGGCUCCCAUGGAUGGAUGUAAGUAGAUUCGAUAUUACUAUGUUAGCUUGAUCAGGCUCGUCUCAUCAGACAAAAAUAAAAAUUCUUGCCGGUUUUCUGGUUUCUGCAGCGUUCUUGCAGUUGCAGCGAUUCUUGGAGCUUUUGCUCGUGUUUAUACACACUUGUGGUUCAAGCUUUCAACCAAGCUUUGUCACAGCAAUCGCUGUUCUGAAGUCUAAAAACGCGCUCUUGGAUCA